UGGUACCAGUCUUUUCAAGUGAGUCCGUAGGUGAGGUUGUGAGGGUUUGACGCUGAAAAACGUUGGAUUCGAUCUUAUUUUUUCAUCUACACAGACUACAUGGAGAUCCUUUAAUAUCCUGUGAUGAGAUGUCAUAAAUCGCUUGCUCAAGAAGGUUUUCUGAUGCGAUGAAAAAGAACAUCCCCAAGUUGGAUUUCCCGGCUUUUUUCAACAAAAGGUAAAACCAGUUUUGUGUCAAACCUGGAAGGUGGGAUGCUCUCGAGUAGGUAUGAAGCGACGAUGGACACACGAUCGGGGGCGUCUUCUCCUCAGCUUCUGCCUCUGCCUCCUUGUCAAUUGUGCAGCAGGCAACAGGCCACCCCGCUUCUUGAUAGACGGCCAGACCGAAAUCGUCCUCAGGCUGAAAGAAGGCUCAGAAACUCCUGUUGGAUCUUUAAUUUACCGCUUAAGAGGUAUGGACCCAGACGGAGACCCGCUUACAUUCGGAAUAAAGGAGUAUAGCGGAUCGGAUGUCAUAUCUAUAGAAAAUCUCAAAAGCAACGAAGCAAAUGUCUACCUCAACAAGGAGCUGGAUAGGGAAAUAAGGGAUGAGUAUAUGCUGGUGCUGACGCUGACUGAUGGCAGACUUGGCGACGGUAACUUCAUAACUCAAAGCAUGCUCCUUCUUGUGGAAGAUGUCAACGACAACGUACCGAUAUUUAAGCCGUACCAAAGCACAAUCACGGUCCCAGAAGACAUCGAGCCAGGUAUCCUGACCAAGCUGGAGGCGACAGAUGCCGAUGAAGGUCCUUACGGGCAGGUAGUAUAUAGUUUGGACUCACAAGACAACGAAGACUCUGUGUUCUCCGUGUCAACAGUUAAUGGUAAAGGGAUUGUUAGGCUUGUUGGUAAAUUAGAUUACGAAAAAAAAUACCUUUACCAGCUCAAAGUACUUGCUGUAGACAGAUCUAACAACGACAGGGUUAAUACCGGCACUGCUGCUCUUUUAGUCAAAGUCCAAGACGUUGAAGACCAGCCACCCGAAUUCAUAGUCGCCUCUCCAGUAACACGAAUUGUGGAAAAUUCUCCUAUUGGUACCUCAGUUCUUCAAGUCCGUGCUAUUGAUGGUGAUAGAGGUAUCAAUAAUAAAAUCAGUUAUACAAUUAGCAACACAGAAGGCAGAGGAGUUUUUGAAAUUGACUCAUCAACUGGCACUGUUUUUACAUUGAUUGCAGUCGAUAGGGAAGAGAUUAUAAAUCAAAACAAUGGUGCUUACAUUCUUGAGAUACAGGCAAGAGAGGAAUCGAGAGCCAUUUUCCCACCACCCACUGCUAAAACAGAAGUUACCAUAAUUGUCACAGACAUUAAUGAUGAACUACCAAAAUUCAGAAGUGAAAAAUAUGUCUGUAGUGUCAACGAAAAUGCACAGGUUAACACACCGCUGACUUUCCUCCCACCUGCAGUACCGCAAGUUUAUGAUUAUGAUCAGGGAAACAAUGGAACAUUUGAAAUGGUUCUUAUUGGUGAUGAUGACAUUUUUGAAGUUACUCCUCAUCGAGGGGUGAAUGAAGCUUCCUUUCUAAUUCGUGUUAAAGACCCCACAAAAUUAGAUUAUGAAAAAAUGAAUAUGAUCAACUUCACACUAGUUGCAAAAGAAACAGUUACCAACAGUCCAAAAUCUGAUUCAGUACCUGUCACUGUACAUGUAAGGGACAUGAAUGAUAACUUUCCUGAAUUCAGCAAGCCAUUAUAUGAGGCAUCAGUACCUGAAAACUCUGUGAUGGGAACAACAGUUGCAAUUGUUUACGCUCGGGAUAUGGAUUCAGGAAAGUUUGGUAGUGAUGGCAUUAGAUAUACCAACCUUGGUGGAAGUGUGGCAGACUUGUUAGCAUUGGAUCCAAUAUCUGGUGCCAUCACAAUAAAAUCUGAACAGCCCACUUUUGAUAGGGAACUUAUUCCAAAACACUAUCUUACUGUUGAAGCUAGAGAUGAUUUAGGAUUAGGAAACAGGAAUACAGUACAACUUGUUAUAAACGUGGAAGAUGUAAAUGACAAUGCACCUACGUUUUUGCAAACUUCUUAUGAAGCAAGGCUCCUUGAAAAUGAAAAGAGCUUCGAAUCACCACUCCUGCUAGAAGCAAGGGAUGCAGAUCUCAAUGGAACAAGAAACAGCGAAAUUCGUUAUUCUUUGGUAGGCUGGUCUCAUUUCAAGGAGAAUUUUACAUUAGAUCCAAUGACAGGUGAACUACAACCGAAAAAGCCUUUGGAUUUUGAAGCACUGCUGAGACCAGAAAAAAACACACUUCUUGGAUCUUAUCCAUUAACACUCCAGGUAAAAGCAGAAGAUGGAGGGCGACCAAGCAUGUCUUCAGUUGCAACUGUAACUAUAUAUAUUCAAGAUGUAAAUGAUCAUGCACCAAUAUUUGAAUCAGAAAGCUACUCAACCAUCAUCCCAGAAGAUACUCCUAGUGCAACAUCUAUUCUAAAAGUUACUGCUCAUGAUGCUGAUGGUUCUGCUCCAAAUAAUGAAAUUGUUUAUCGGAUUAUCGACGGUGCCGGAGAUAAAUUUGUUAUCGAUUCAAACACAGGUGUCAUUAGUGUGGCCAUCGGCGCUAAGCUUGACCCUGAUUUAACACAGCCACGCACUACAAAGUAUACGUUAAGUGUUAUGGGCUUAGAUGGAGGGAUAGGGAAGCAAAGACAAAGUUCAGUUAUUAAAGUCAGCAUCCAAGUCACUGAUGUCAACAACAAACUACCAUCACUUCAAGAUCCUGGUAAUAUUGUUAUCAGAGAGAACACAGCGGUUGGUCAUAUUGCUGCAAGGCUUGUUGCAACAGAUCUGGAUUCCAAUGCAAGAUUGAAAUAUACGAUAGAUCCCAGUGGUAUUGAAGGACGAACACAAGAAGGAAGGCUGAUUAAACGUUCAGAAGUCGAUCUUAGUGCAACUUUUGAAUUAGAUCCAAACACGGGAGUACUCAGGCUGGUUAAGAAUCUAGAUAGGGAGGUGGUAGAAACCAUCAAACUUAUUGUAGCAGUUGAAGAUGCAAAUGCUCAAAAUGGAAAGCAAAUUGUAUCUGGCACAUUGAAUAUUCUUGUCGAAGACGAAAACGACAAUAAUCCAAUUUUUAGAAAACCGUACUAUAAGAGAUCAGUUACUGAAAAUUCACAGAAUGGUGUAACUAUAGCUAACAUAGUAGCAGAUGAUGCUGAUAAAAACCGAACCAUAACUUAUUCAUUGCAACGAAGCCAAAGCAUUACUGAAUUGAUUAAUCUUGAUCCAUCAACGGGUGAAUUAGUAGUUGGAAGCCGCCUCGAUAGAGAACAAGUCAGUUGGAUAAAUGUCACUGUAAAAGCAACUGAUUCGGGCAUCCCACCACGGUCGUCCUUCGUCGAUGUUUAUAUUCAAGUGCUGGAUGAAAAUGACAACAAUCCUUAUUUUGUAACUGAAUUAAACAGCAUCAAUGUCCUAGAAAACACGACCAUAGGAACAGAAAUAGCCAAAAUUGUUGCGGAAGAUGCUGACUCUGGAGAUUACGGUAAAAUUACUUAUCUUCUUGAUAGAAGAUCAUCUCAGGGGAAGUUUCAAAUCAAUCCAGAUACAGGUGUAAUUAAUGUUACUGAUCAAUUGAACCGGGAAGAUGUUAACUCAUACAUGCUCAUUGUCCAAGCUUGGGAUAAUUAUCAGUUUGGUUUUGCCAGUGGUGAAAGCCGCAAUGCAUUUAAGCAGAUAAUGGUGAACGUGUUGGAUGUAAAUGAUGAAAUUCCAAGAUUCACUCAUCUGCCAGAAAACUGUGUGGUCAUAACAGAAUUUCAUGAACCAAGAGAUACAAUUUUACUACUUAAAGCUGUGGACUCAGAUGAUCCGACCACUCCCAAUGGGCAGAUAAAAUUUAACAUACUUGCCGGCAAUGAAAAAAGGUUAUUCGAAUUAGAAAUGGUAGACUCUUGGUCUUCAAGACUGUUAAGUGUCAGUUCCCUUAAAGGAAGAUAUGGGAAUUAUUCUUUGACAGUAGAAGCAUCAGACCUUGGCUCACCUCCAAAAUCGACACUGGCAAAUAUUGACAUUUGCAUCACUGAUUUUAAUGACAAUCCUCCAAUGUUUGUCAGUCCUCAACAUAACACAACAAUCAGAAUACCUGAGAACGCUACUGUUGGCAGUAUAGUAAUAACGGUUGAAGCAAUUGAUAAGGAUAUCGGGCAAAAUGCACUUGUCAAUUACAAACUUAAACAAGAUUUAACUGGUGAUUGGAAAACUUUUAACAUAGAUCAACACACUGGGGUUGUAAUGUUGAAAAGACCUCUUGACAGGGAGACCCAAAAAUUAUAUCAUAUUCGUGUUGAGGCUUACGACCAUGGUGUACCAACUCCUCUUUCAACUGAUCUUGAUUUGACAAUAUAUGUCAGAAACAUUAAUGACUAUCAGCCACAAUUCCUCAUUGAAGAAUAUUCAGUUAAUUUUACUGAAAACAUGAAACCAGGAAUAGAAAGAAGGCAGAUUGUAGAAACUGUCGAUAGAGAUGAAAUUGAUGACAUGGAACCACCUACUCCCGUCUGCUACUAUGUAAUAGAUGGGAAUGAAGAAGGAUAUUUUCAUCUCGAACCUUUAAGCCAUGAAAUCACUGUUGUCAAACCUUUGGAUCGAGAAGAGAAAGAGCAACAUGAGAUGAUUAUAAAAGCAAGUGAAGACUGCACCAAAAUGCCACAGAAAUCAGAUUUAAUAAUAAAAGAAGGCAAAAAAGAUGAUACAACUUUAAAAAUCAUCAUAAAUGUCAUUGAUGUAAAUGACAAUCCUCCUAAAUUUGCUAAGAAAGUUUUUACAGGAGGCGUUACAACUGAAGCCGAUUUUGGAACUGAAUUUCUUCAAGUUAAAGCUGACGAUCCAGAUUCGGGGAAAAAUUCAGAACUGAGCUACUUCAUCACAGGCAAAACACAGAUGACCCUAAGUGAAGGGAUGGAAAAUAUACAGCAGCCUCCUUUUGUAGUAGACCAGCAAACAGGUGGUGUUUUCCUCAACUUUGAUCCACAAAAAGGAAUGAAGGGCUAUUUUGACUUUACCGUCAUGGUCAAUGACACAGGAGGAUUAUCAGAUAAAGCGCACGUAUUUAUCUACCUCUUGAGGGAAGACCAGAGGGUAAAAUUUGUCUUACGGCAGCACCCCCCAGAACUCCGAACCCACAUAGACAAAUUUAGAGAUGUUCUUGGAAAUGUGACAGGUGCAAUAGUCAAUGUUGAUUUGUUCAAAGUUCAUGAAACAAAAGACGGUCGUGUUGAUAAAACAAAAACUGAUCUUUACUUGCAUUUUGUUGAUCCUAAAGAUCAUUCUAUUUUGGAUGUACAAGACGUCCUUAGUUUAAUAGACCACAACAUAGAAAGGCUAGACAAUUUAUUUAAGGAAACAAAUGUCCUGGAUACUCAAGCUGCGGAAGCAGUAACUUUGGCCAGAGUGGUUCAUGCUGAUAGUGUCAUGAUGCUUUGGCUUUUGGGUGCUACUGCAUUUCUGUCAGUCCUUUUAAUACUUGUUAUCUCUUUAUGUUUGUCCCAACGGUCAUCCUAUCAACGGCAGUUAAAGGCAGCUACAGUCACGGCUUUUGGUUCUACUGAGUCAGACAUGACAAGGGUUCCCAACAGAGUCCCAAACACUAACAUGCACAGUGUGGAAGGCUCAAACCCAAUUUGGAUGCAGGCGUAUGAAAACGAGUGGUACAAAGACGACACAAUGAGUCACACCUCUGAGAGGGAUUCCCUGGAUGAGAAUGCUGUUGUGAGUGUGAAUACUCAAGAGGAUACUACUGGAAACUCCUCUUGUAAUAGUCAAUCAAAUAUGCUUAGAAGUGAAUGCCCUGUGAGCGUUACUGUGAAGGAGCAGAAUGAUCUGAAUAGAAACGGUGGUAACACCUACCAGAGAAAUCUCUACCACCACAUUGACAAGCUCGGCAACACUCUCAUUUCAAAGAAACUUGAAACAACUGAACUAUGACUAAGAUGCAAAACUGCAACACUGCCAGACAUUGAGUGUUAAACACAAACUAUAAAAAGAGUGUGAAGCCUAAUAUGAAUUUUCUUUUGUGUGUGCUAUGUUAAUAAAAGUGCCUUCGUUUUAUGUUUAAAAUGUAUUUUAUGUUGUAAAUAUACAUUAAGGGAUUUAAUUAAUAAAGCAAUAGUGCUAAUGAUAUUAACAUAUUUCUUUAAAGUUCUCAAAAAUAUUAUUUAAAAAAUUAUUCUUAAUUCUGUAUUCAAAACAUAAAUUGUAUUAAGAUUUCAUACAUUCUAAAGAUUCUGCUCAAAUUGAAAAAUAAAUCAACGAAUGUAAAUAACAUAUUUUUUCCAUUGUACAAAUA